ACACCGCAGCGCAUGCGCAUUAUCACGACCGGUAUUUUCCCGGGGCCGGGAUUCUAGAUGGAUCUGGAGGAGAGAGGUUGGCGGGAAUUUCAAAGAUUUGAUGUAAAACUUGGGAGGAUGGAUUUAUGUAGAAUUGAACCGUCUCAGCUGGAUGAUUUCAUUAAACAAAAUCUAAGGCCGACUAAAUUUUUUGAGGACGUGAAAAACGCAGUGCGUAGAAUAUCUUAUUUAUUAAGGAAUCAAUGUUUUAUCCAUCAACCUGAGUUCAAAGUUAUCAGAGCCGUUAAAGGAGGGUCUUCAGGCAAAGGAACAGCUUUAAGGAAUGGUUCAGAUGCAGAUCUUGUUGUUUUCCUCAGCUGUUUCCAGAGUUUUCAGGAGCAGAGAAACACAAGGCAGGAAAUUCUUGAAGAAAUUCAGGAAGUACUGAAAACGUGCGCAGUGAGCAUUGCCUAUGAGAUCAGUGAUAUCAGCAUAAGUUUCACACAGAACAGCAACAUCCCACCAAAAUCUUUAAGCUUUGCAGUAAAAUCAAGGAAAAAUUCGAGCAGUGUGAAUUUUGAUGUUUUGCCAGCUUUUGAUGUAUUAGAGGGAUCAUACGAUGCAAGCGAAGCCCAUCUCAAGCUAAUGGAAUUUGUAAGUGAAUAUGGCGAUCCAUGUGGGGAAUUUUCUGCCUGUUUUACUGAGCUCCAGAGGAAAUUUGUGAAGCAACGUGAUGAGAAACUUAAAGACUUGAUUCGCCUGCUAAAACAUUGGUACAAAGAGUAUGUCAAGCCACGGAAAUCUGAGCUGGCUCCUGGUGAGCGUCUGCCUGCUAAGUAUGCAGUGGAGCUGCUGACUAUCUACGCCUGGGAGCAAGGCAGUAGGAACGAGAGAUUUAUCACUGCUGAAGGUUUUCGGACAGUUCUUGAACUGAUCUGCAGCUAUCAAAAUCUGCAUAUUUACUGGACUGACAACUACAAUGUCAACAAUCAAGUCAUUGCAAACUUUCUAGUUAAGAAACUUCGUGGGAGCAGACCAAUAAUUCUUGACCCAGCCGAUCCAACUAAUAAUGUGGCUUUGUCUGCUGGAUGGUAUGUGAUGGUCAACGAGGCCAUGAAAUGGCUGCAUUCCCUCUGUGUCUCUGGAGUCCAAGUGUGGAAUGUCCAGCCAGUACCACAGUUUGAAAUUGCUGUGUUUAUCCUGGAUGGUCCCUCAUUUGACCUGAUGGCCAACAUUGACACCAACAUCUCAAUGAUUAAGCAUCAAAUCCAGCAAAACUGGAACAUUCCAAUUCACCAUCAACGCCUGAUAUUCAAUGAAACCAUUCUGAAUGAUGUCAAAACCUUAUUGGAUUCUGGAAUAUUCUUUCAUGCAAAGCUCCAACUAUUUGUGAUAAACUCAAUGGAGAUAUUUGUAAGGAAUCCAAAUGGACAAAACCUGGAAAUUAAUGUGUUCCCAACUGACAAGGUUUCGAGCCUGAAAAAUAAGAUCCAAUCAUUGGAGCGUAUUUCUCCGAGCCAGUACUACCUGACCUUUCAGUCAAGAAUACUAGAAGAUGGGCACACGCUGGCACACUAUGGCAUUGAGCACCAUUCUACCAUCAACAUCAACUUGCGUCUCCGUGGGGGCAGGGGAACUUGAAAAUUAACACCAGCACUAAAAAGUUUAAAAUAAAUGUUAAUGAUGCAUCUUAUCAACUGGAUUGAAUAAGAACAUGUCUUAAAAAUAUACAACACAUAUUUGUCCUUUCCACUAAUUUACAUGUUGCUGAAAAUGCCUAAAAUUUAAAUGAAAUUUACGUUGAGAAUGAGAUGAAACUCCAAGUAACAGUUGAAGUGGAGUUAAUCCUGUGCAUUUUGACGCAUGUAUUCAACUAUUAAUCACAGCAGGAAUGAUACUUUGAGUGCAAUAUAUUUAGUAUCCAAUGAUCAAUAUAACUUCUGUCCCUUUUUUUUCAUUUGAAUGUGAUUUCCUUCAACUAUAAUUCACUGCGCAAAUGGUACUUUGAAUGCAAUAUAUUUUAAUCUCCAAAGACCAAUAGAACUUCUGCCUCUUUUCUUUGAAUGUGAUUUCUCCCACCCCUCCUCCAGGUCAGUUGAUGUGACCAAUCACUGCCUGAGGUUAUUUGGGAUCAGCCUGUGAUUCAGAAAUAACUUGCUCCUCCUGUCUGCUCUGCAUAGCACAUUGAAGAUGGCAACAAGUGGCCCUCCUCUCAAAAUUAAUGAAAUAAUACUCAUUUGCAUUUAUUUUGUCUUUGUAUUGCACAAAUUCUGUCAACUGCAGCAGUGAGUUAAUAAAGCUCUUUGUAAUUACAGUUGUUUAUUUUAUUUUGUAUCUUUUUAGAUUAUGUAUUUGUUUACUACUUGGAAUGUUUUGUAGUUGUUUACAUAUUAAGGUAAGGUAGGAGUGUUAUUUGCAAAGGACAUAUUAUGUAUUACAAUAGUCACAGUAUCACAGAAUUUAUACAAUUGAAGGAAAGCCAGUCAGACCGUCAUUUUGAAUCUGGAAAUGUGAAGAAGCUAUCCAAUUCCUUUUUCAAAUAAAUUUCAAUCCAUCCUUUUUGAAGAUUACUAUUGAAUCUGCUGUGCAAUAUCACGACAGACUGAAUAUAUAACAUUGCACAGUGAAGAUCUUUGCCAAUAUUGAGUCUGUUAAUCAGUUCAUUAACUCAUUCAAGGAUGUGAUUUGUUUCUGCAUCUGGAGAUAAUCUGUUGGAUUAUAUUCCUAGACCCUUUUAUUACAGUUCCUGUUCAGGAGUACCUUUCAGAUGAUGUGUCUUAACAUUUUAUUGGACAUGCCAUACAUUGUACCUGUUUCAAAUCAACAAAAUAGAUGACAGCUGUACUCUUGUUAUUUUCUUGACAGAUUAGAGUUAAACUGGCAUGCUUAAAAUUGAAACAAGGCUUGGCAGUUUACUGUGAGACCUCCCUAUUAUGUUUUGUUCAUGGCAACUCACAGUCCAUUUACCAACUAAUCAGCACUAUCUUCUUAUAGUGAUGUUGUUUUCUCGUCCCUUGUCCAGGCCCUUCCCACAUAAAUCUGUGAUUCCUCUUAAAUUUUAUGUCAGUUUCAGAAUUUCUAGUUUGCAGGCUCCAGCUAUCUCCCCUUUAACAUGAACAUGCAAUCCCUUCACAUGUCCAUCCCCUAUCAGGAUGGCCUCAGAACUCUCCGUUUCCUGGAAAAAAAGGCCGAAACUGUCCACAUUCACCACCGUUUUCCUCUGACUGGCCGAGCUUGCUGUCACCCUGAACAAGUUCUCUUUUAACUUCUGUCACUUUCUUCAGGCCAGAGUGGUGGCCAUGGCUACCGACGUGGGCCCAGGCUAUGCUCACCUCUUUGUGGGGUGUGUGUUUCAAUCUAUUCCAGCUUGCAACAACAACGCCUCCUCUGGUAUACCAAUGAUAGUGAGCUGCUUCCCUCUUUCACCCAGAAUUGGAAAACUUUACCAAUUUCACUUCCAACUUCUACCCUGCUUUCCCCUUCACUUGGUCCAUCUCUGACACCUCCCUUCCCUUCCUUGACAUCUGUUUCCAUUUUGGGGGGGCCAAUUCUGGCACCUUCAGGCACAAAUUUGCCUUGCCUCCCUUCCUCCCUUGUCUGGCUUCCGCAAGAACCAUUCUCUCCGGGAUACUUGAGUACACUCAUCCUUCACUCCCAACAGCAAUCCAGCCCCUAAAAAAUGUCCUAUGGCACUUCCCCCUUCAACUGCAGAAGGUGUAACAUCUGGGUGAAGCAGCAUUUUACCUGCACUUCCUCAAUCUAGUCUAUUGCAUUUGUUGUUCACAAUGUGGUCUUCGCUACAUUGGAGAAAUGAAAUGUAAACUAGAUGACUGCUUUGCAGAACACCUAUGUUCUGUCCGGAAGAGCAGAGCAGAGUGGGGAUGGUUGUUGGACUGGGUACCAGCGUGUGUGGUCAGUGGGUUGUGAGGUCGGUCAGACCGCAUGUGGAAGCCGCUGUGGUGAUCUAUUGCAAUGUAAAGUUUAUUAUAAGCUGUUUCUCAGACUGUAAUGUUUAUCCCUUUAACUGUAUGUCUUAUUUUCUAACUUAUACUAUGAAUCACUAAGGUAAUGUAACUUUUAUUUUCCUCUUUUUUUUUGUAUCUGAGGUUCGUACUUAGGUACUGUGUACCUAAAAUGGUGUCAUGAGGGGUGAUGUUGUAAACUUUUCACUUCUUCUGUACU